GGCUCGGCCGCCGUGACAAGGUCUUUGCGCAUGUGCGGGGUGAAACGAGACGAAGGUGAAGAUGGCGGCAGCCAGGGCGGGGGUCCUGGGAGUCCGAUGGCUGCAAAGGGCAUCCCGAAACAUGGUGCCGAUGGGUGCACGGACAGCCUCCCACAUUACCAAGGACAUGCUCCCGGGACCCUAUCCCAGGACCCCAGAAGAACGGGCUGCCGCAGCCAAGAAGUAUAAUAUGCGGGUGGAAGACUACGAGCCGUACCCAGAUGAUGGCAUGGGGUAUGGUGACUAUCCAAAGCUCCCUGACCGCUCACAGCAGGAGAGGGAUCCAUGGUAUGACUGGGACCACCCAGAGCUGCGAUUGAACUGGGGUGAACCGAUGCACUGGGACCUAGACAUGUAUAUCAGGAACCGUGUGGACACGUCCCCCACUCCUGUUUCUUGGAAUCUCAUGUGUAAGCACCUCUUCGGCUUCGUGGCCUUCAUGCUGUUCAUGUUUUGGGUGGGGGAGACUUACCCCACCUACCAGCCUGUGGGACCAAAGCAGUAUCCUUACAAUAAUCUGUACCUGGAACGAGGUGGCGAUCCCAACAAAGAACCUGAGCCGGUGGUUCACUAUGAGAUCUGAGGAGGCUUCGUGGGCUUUGUGCCCCCUAACUGACUCCCUCAAUCCUAGAGAUUUUACCUUAAUGAAAUCGCUAAUAAAACUUAGUACUGUG